AUGCCGGGCGACGAGAAUGCCGGUGCGACGGAAGCGCCACAAGAAGAGGUAGGCGAAUUUGAAGAAAUGCAAUUUUUCUGUACAGCAAUUGUGUUGCAAUCGUUUUCAUUCAUAUAAUCGCCUUCAACCAAUUCAAUUCCCUGUGUCUAACAUUUUUAUUAUCAGUAACUACCAGACCUUUUACAAGAAUUUGCCUAAACAAUUCCAAUGAAUGUAGAAUUUUUCAAGUUUAAAAUUUUUCCCAUCUGAAAAUCGAAAAUCCAGUAUUUACAGCCAACAACAUCAUCGGGAACAUCAUCAGCAGCAACGACAGCAGCAGCAGCAGCAGCAGCAGCAGGUGGAGGAGUACCAGAAGAGCACCAGGCGACGUCGUCGGAUGAAAAAAGGGUAAAACGAGGGCGUCUUCUUUCUAUUCUAUCAAUCGCUCUCUGCGUCUCCUCAUUUCACACGUUUUCAUUGCCUUCCGCAAGAGACGCCGCUCUAUCGUUUUUCUCAAGGCGAUCGCGUAUUCGUGUCUGUGGAGCGAGCGAGCGAGCGAGCGAGGUCGGGCCGUUUGAAUACAUUCCGUCUGACUUCUCUCGCCCGCACUCUCCCUCUCUCUCCCUCUCUCUCUCGCAUUCAAAUAGGACGGGCAGGGUUGUCAAACGAGAGAAAGACGUGGCCUUCGUCGGCAGAGAAAGAUCUCUCGCUUCUCUCGCUUCUCUUCGAUUCGCACAUUGUCUCGUUAGUUUGCGCGCGCACACACACACACACAACGAGAUGGACGGGUCUCUCAGUCGACGACGAGGAGGCCUAGGACGGCCCCCUCUAUACACACACACACAAGAGUCUCCUCGGGUCGGCGUGCUAUUUCGCUCCUCCUCGUUCGGUUUUCGAAACGACCCCCCGCGACACACACCACGGCCAACAACGACGACGAAUCGCAUGACCAGGGGGGGCAACAAGCGGGCAGAGAGAGAGAGAGAGAGAGAGAACACUAAUGAUGGGGACGAUGGGAAAAGCGGAACACGAACACAGAAACGGACAACCGAUUAUUGAUUAUGAGGAUAAUCGCCAUUUGUUUUUUAUUUGAGAAACGUUCAAGCUUGCAUCGAUGAAAGUUUUUUGAUAAUAGAGUGUUUCGACGGAAAUUUUUGAGCUGUUCUAUAGUGACAUUGAAAAAUACCCUAGACUCGAUUUCCUUCAAACAUUAGGAUAAUUGACAUUGCCGUAAUGGAAGGUACUUUGGGCCAGAUUGAAAACUCUCAACAGAAAUACUUGGAUGCCCUUGAGAAAAAAACUAUGAGGGCAGUGGACAUCUUGCAACUUUCUCUAUUCUCUAAAGACUAGCAUACAUCAAUUUCCCUAAAAAUUUGACCAGUUUACAUUGUUUUAAUAGAAGGUACUCUCGAUCAGAUUGAAAAGUUUGACGGGCUGAAAGUCUGAGAAGCCGAAUUUUUUCCAAGACAAUAUUUGAAUGAAUGACCUUGAAAAAGAAUGGUUUGCUUGAGAACACCGAGGGUUAAUAGCGAUGAGUUGAGUUUAGUUCUAUAGCAUUCUGGCACCAUUUUUCUAGACUAUCAACACUAUUAUACCUCUAUUUCCUUUACAUUUCGGUUAAUUUUUCUUGACGUAAUGGAAAUCACCAGAGUGAAACUUCUAAAUAGACACACUUUUUCUUGAAACAACAUUCGGAUGAAUGACCUUGAGAGAGAAAUUUCGACUUGAGGGUGCAGGCACCGAGAUGUAAUAGCGAUGAAUUGCGUUUAGUUGUAUUGAGAUUUUGAAACACUCAAGACAAUUCCCCUAAAAAUUUGGCUCAUUUACACGCACUCUUGGACACUGCGAGAAGCAAUAUUCGAAUGAACGACCUUGAGAACCGCGAAAUUUGUAAAUGUUCUCUAGUUUUUGGCCAGGAAAUGCCGUCUAGCGCACCAGAGGCUUAAAACUGAAAAAGUUCCGUCCAAACUCUGAUAUCAGCGAUUUUCACGAAAAAAAAUUAACAAAAACUCACGAAAAGUACAAAACACACACACGCACGCACGCAUACACGGGUGGUUUGACGAAAAGGAGUGAGUGACUGAAAAAGGAGACCUUCUUCUGCCUUCUCCUCCAUCCAUCUAUCGCUUUUUCCUUCUUCUUUUUUUUUCGUUUCUCCAUUUUUAUGUGCUUCCUCCCAUCGUCAAGCACAUACGCCCCCACAGAACGACGGAACGAUGGAUGGGUGGAUGGAUGGAUGGAGCGGAGGGCAACAAACAAACGCAUUUUAUAGCUUUUUGACAAAAAAUUGUAGCUUGGGCGGGAAUUUCACUUGUCCCAACGGUUUUCUCGCAAUUUUUAGCCCUAGAAAGGUCUAUGCGAUUGCAAGCAACAUUUCGGUUUUGUUCAAUGUUUGUUCAUCAUAACAAGCGAGUACUGUAGAAUUUAGCGAUUCACCAGAGAAACAGUUCUGGAAAGAUUUAGAAAAAACGGUCUUUAAAAAAUCAUGGUGGUACAGUAGGCUAUGCUGUCGCAACUUUUGACAACACGUGCUGGUUCAGCAUCGCCUACUGUAUCAUCAUGGCUAUUUUCAGAUAUUUUCUAAAUCUUUCCUAACAGUACUUGCAUAGUUACACCGAAUAGAAAAUAGUGAAAAAUUUCGAUUGAAAUGAGAAGUAGAAAAGGUGAAACUUUCUUAUUCGUAAAUCAACUAUUCCUCUCAAUCUCUCGCUCGUAUGCUAUAUGGCUGCUGGCUGGCUGUUGUCUCUUUCACUUUCACUCGGCCAAAAAGACCGAUGAUCAGUUGGACGGAAAUACACACACAUUGAUGACGUCAUGUCGGGGGGAGUCCCCCCCCUCCGAAUCUUCCGACGGACAAGCGGGAGGGCGCGCGUGGGAAAAUGUGAUGGGCGAAGAACACGAAACACAAUAAUAUGCGAUGAGAGAAAAGAGAAAUAGAGGUGAUGAAGGAAUAAACAUCGAGUGGAGGGGAGAGAAAUAGACGGACGAAUGUGAAAUGUGAAAUGUGAAAUGUGAAAUUCGCUUUUCCCAUUUCACAUUUGAGCAUCGUCAUAGAUGAGAGGAAUAGGCUGACGAGGCGAAUUUCGGAACGGAACUGAAUUCUUCUAAAAAAUUCUAAAAGAAAAAGCAUCACCGAGAACCCCUCGAAAAUAUAAAAGAAAUAUGAUCGCUAACAAGCUUCGCCGUACAAGUCAGACGUGCCCAUUAGCAAGUCAGAAGAGAGGCGCCCAGGUGAAUUCGUCUAGAAAAUUCCCCAGGGAAUUCGUUUCUCUCUAAUUGGACAGAGCUUGAUAAUAUUUAUCACGCGCUAGAGCUCUGGCAUUAGGUAUUAGGCGUAGGAAAAUGAUAAACUUUUCGAGAAGAUUAAAGGGCGCGAAAAUUAGAGGCUAGAAUGUGGUUUCGAAAUGCUCCCAUACCUAUAAUCAUGCACCAGCCCGCCUAUUCAUACAUAUCUCGAUAUGAAUUUCCGUAAAUAGACGCGAUAAUCCUCCUUUGCUCGGUGCGCACGCACAGACACACAGACGUGUAUAAUCUGGGCGACGGCAAGAAAAUGAGCUAUUUCGGAUAUGAGCAUGGGAAAUUGUAGGAAUCCAAAUUUAGAAAAGUGUGUGAAAUGAGGAGAACAAUAAAAAGUGCAUUUGACUCGCGGACAUUCCGAAACUUUUAAUAAAUCUCGCUAGUUUUUUCAGGGUGAAAGUGCCGAUCGAUACGCUGCGUCAGUGGCCGAAGUGGCGGCAGGUGGCGGAGGAGCGAAAAAGGACGGAGCCCCACCGGUAACGCCUGGCGCCCAACCACCAGCACAACAACAACAACAACAACAACAACAACAACAGCAUGCUCCCCUCCAACCACCUCCGGUCGGCCACGCAACAGUCCCGCCGAACAGUUUUGCUCCGCCGCCCGGAGCAGGACCGCAUCCCGGAAUGGGACCGCCGAUGGAUUGGCGACCGCCCGAGCACAUGGCCGGCUACUACCCGUACCCGAUGCCGCCACGUCAUCAUCCCGGAUACCCGCCGCCGCCUCCGCACGCGUACGGUUAUCCGCCGGCCGGAGCCCCUCCGUACGGAUAUCCGCCGCCGCCGCCGCCGCACAUGAUGCGACCGCCCGUCAUGCCGCCCGGCGAAAUGGUACGCAUGCCGCCGGGACCGACGCCCACCGAAUGGGCGGCACAACAAGCGGCCGCCGCGCGAGCGCCAGCAGUUCCGGCGCCAACGCCCAAAGACGGUCCGAAUGGGAACCAGAAUCAGAAUCAGAAUCCGGCGACGCCUUCCUCGUGCUCUCAACCGAUUCCAUCGCCCUCGGCCUCGUCGAUCGCCGAAGAAUCCCUGGACGGAAAACCGCCGGACACGAAAAUGCCGCCGCCUCCGCCCGCGCAACAACAGCAAAUGAUGUCCCCGAUGCCGCCGCACACGCCCGGAGCACCCCCGCAACAACAGCCACCGCCACAGGCGAGCGGUACGUUUUUGGAAGGGAACAGAACGAGGAAAUAUGGGCGGUAUUGAACUUUUAGAACUCCAAAUAUAGUUUUCAAAGCGAUAGUAAAUUAAUCUGCGAAAAAUGCUCGCGUUUUGUGCCUUUGAGUUAAACAGCGCCUUUGGACCGUUUAAAUGGCUGCUGUACCGAUGUUAGAAACGAUUUUUAGACCCGUGUCCGUAUUGACUCAUGUAAAAAAUCCAUACUUUUAAAAUUACCGUAAGUACUGUAUUAGAAAGGUAUCUUUAUUAGAAGAGCACCCGGCAAAGUGAGCUAGAACAGUUUCCAGUCGAAAAGUCCACACGGCCCCGGAAAUUAUCCCCCAAAAAGAUAACGAACCGCCCGUUUCACGCACUACUAGUCAAGCUAAUCAGCGCGUGCUCAGAAAAAUCAGAGAAAUAACGAGCUCCUCUCUCUCUCUCUUGGCACACGAUCAAACGCUAAAAACUAGGAAAAAAGUGGAAAAAAGUGAUAUUUCAGCUGCGGCCACACCAGCGACGCCCGUCGACGCGCCAAAAGUGUCGGGAAAAGUGUUGAGCAAGGCGGAGCUGUUGGAGAAAUUGGUGGGACCGGUGAACCAUCACAAUCCGAUCCACGUGAUGCACGAACGACGCGUCUUCUUCGAGCGGCUCAUCGAGUUUUGCGAACGCAACGGAGAUCCAAUUACUAUGGUCAGUUUUUGCGAAAUUCCAAGUAAAAAAAGUGUGAAGAAUUGUAGGUUCCACAAGUGUCGAAACAAAGCAUCGACCUGCAUCGGCUCUACAUUGGUGUGCGCGGAAAGGGCGGUUUCCAGGCGGUCACGAAAGAAAAGUACUGGAAGAAUCUGUGCACGGAGGCGAAUCCGGACCUCGCGGAAUCGUCGGCGGCCGGAUAUCAGCUGCGGAAGCACUAUCAGAGACAUCUGCUACUGCUCGAGUGCCGCGAAACGGGACGGAAUCCCGACGACGAGGUCGCGUUUGCCGACAAAAUGAAGCGGCAACGGAAGAGGGAGCCGACGGGCGGUGCGCAAGGAGGAGCAGCCGGAGCGUCGGGAGGAGCACAGGAUCCGAAAGCGCCCGGAGCAAGUGGAGGAGCACCGCCAACGGGAGGAGCUCCAGGAGCACCGCCAGGAGCUUAUCCAGGUGAGUAGCGAUUUUUUAAAAACUGUUUUGAUGAAAAUUUGAAGAAAAUAGCUUCAGAACUGUAUUUUCCAGGUUUUAAACGUUGAAACGAGAGAAAAUUUGAAGAAUACAGCUUCAGGAGCGUUUUUUGGCGGUUUCUACCCAUAAAACAAAUGAGAAUUUGAAAAAAUAGCUUCAGAACCGUAUUUUUGAAGUCGUUCACGUUGAAACGUUGAAAAGUGUGUGGCCGGGGACAUGUACAGUACGCCAGUUAGACUAACAGAUGUUCGCGCGCACGCCAAAAAACAACAAAACGCACCUGUUCGUCUCCUUUUUUGCAUCGUUUCGACAGAUUUGCGGAGUCGGCGUCGUUACUCUGAACACAAACUCAUUUGAUUUCUGGCUAGUCUACAAUAUCGGGCCUACCUUUUUUUACGAGCCGAGAGCAAGUCCCGCGCACUCUCGGCUCCGCGGGGCUCUGAGCCGGGGAGGAGAAGCAGCGAGGAGCUGUAUAUAAUAAUGAGGUAGGCGCCCCGCCCGACACAGACACACACACAUGCACACACACACGGCUCCGCUAUACACGUCGUCGUCGUCGUCGUUGACUCCAACCGGGCUCCGAGAGCUCCGAGAGCCGCUGAGGAGGAGACUAUCACCUUGCCAGCAACGGCGAAAGACGCUCCGCCCACACUUUUUGGGUCUCGCCGCUUCUAUUGUGUCUCUACGGACGAACCUUCUCCUCUUCAAUCAGCUCUCUUCUUCAUGUGCCUCUUUUUCUCUUUUUCUCUCUAGACGUCUCCGCGGCCGACGGCUCCAUUGGCAACCAUCAUAUGCAUAUGUGCAUAUCGACUUUUUCUUCCUCUCCUCUCCGCUUUUUCAGCAGCAGCCGGGGCGUUAUCAGUUGGCGGCGGCUCUGUGGAGCACAGAGAAACUCUCUCUCUCUCUUUCUCUUUUUGCGCUCCGUUAUCAGCAGACCCCCAUACACACACACACACACACCUAGCGCCGUCUUCUUCAUCUUCUCCUUCUUCUUCUUUUUGUCCAAUUUUUCGCCAUUCUCCCCUAGACUCCGCCCACUUUUCUUCUUCUUCUUCUUCUUCUUCUUCUUUUCCUCUUUCUCCAACUAUGAGAAAGAGACACACUUUGACUGAUUGCCUGACCGUUUUUGGGAGAGACGAGAAGAAACUGUUGACAACUAUCUCUCCUCCAAAUUUCUUUUUUUCUUGUGUAAUGUUUACUUUCCAUUCUCUCGCUUACUCGCCCUUAGUACUAUGGCUGCUGACCAUUACGAACGAUUACGGUACAUGACGCACCCGGUGGAAAGAAAGUUACAAUCGUUUUGGUUUUUUUUUGAGGAAGAGAGAGAGAGAGAGAAAGAGAGAGCAAUGUAGCAGAAGAAGAAAAAGAAGCGAUUUUUGUUUAGAUUUGAUCCAAUUUUUCCGCCCUCUCGCUAUUUUUACGAUUUGAAGAGGAAAGCAACAGCUACAGGCGAAUUUUGCAAUUCUUGGCGCAGUGCCAAUAGGGAAUCUAGAUGAAACCACGGAUUUUUGAGCUUUCUAGGCUUUGUUUUAUCUACAUAUAAUAGGCUGGCCCCGGCCUGAAAUUUUGACCAUUUAGACUAAUCUGGUCCCGAAAUAUGUGGAUGUGAGGCCGAAAAUAUUGGUCUUUCCGGCCUCUGAUCCAUAUAUUUUGAGACCAGAUUGGUCUGAGACUCGGACCCAGUGUACUUCAAUCCAAGUCCAAUAAGCCUGCAAAGCUUGGGCCCGAUCGGACUAUUGCGAGUGGUCCAAAAGUCUAGGCUCUCAAUUCUUGGCACAAUGCCAAUAGUGCGCUUUCUAGACAAAAUUCAAACUCGGCGGCCAAUUAUCCCAAAUUUGCUCUUUCUAAGCCCUAUCUCUUUUAGCUCGAAUCCCUCCACGUGUGCUCCAUCGAAAGAGAGCCCAGGUGGGGGGGGAAGCCUAAUCCGCUUAUUAUCUCCGCUCUUAUUUCCUCCGUUUCCAAUUCAAUUUCCACAUUGGACCACCCCGAGACUUACCUAGAGUAUUAUUAUUAUUAUUAUUGUUGUUAUUAUUAUUCUUAUACUUUUGGCAGUUCGCAUUUGGAUGAUGAAUAGACAGAUACGCACACCUUAGCCGGGUCGGUGAUAAUAGGAAAAAGAGAAGCGAGAAGCGAGAAGAAGAAGAAGAGAGAUAUGAUGAAAAGGAGACGGAAAAGGGACAAAUAUCCCAUGAUCAUGACGUGGUUCUUCCCUCUCUCUCUCUCUCCUUCUUUCCAUUUUCCGUGUCUCGGUACACAUACACACACACUCACAGACAGAGAAUUUUGGAGGCCACGCCCCCCUUUUGACACUUUUUGGCGGUUCCUUUCUCCCUCUUUUUUUUUGAAGGCUUUUGGCGGCGUGGUGACCUCAGACUCGCAACAAAAAUUGCGUAGAUCACGCCGCCCAUUGCAAACGAAAAACGCAUUUUUUUGACCUCGCCCCGCCCCGCCGAACACUUGUGGUGGAAAAAUCGCAAUUUCCGUCAACUUUUUUGUGAGUUUUUCAGCGAUUUUACUAGUUUUUCGCGGUUCAAUUUGAGAAAAUUCAAUGCUUCUCGAAAAACCCAAAAAAUAGCGGAAAUUUCGCCGAUUCUUUUCAAAAAUGUCUUAAAUGUCAAAAACACCGAAUUUAGACGAAUUUUUGAGAGAAAAAUUGUACACAAGCAGUUUUUAGCUGAUUUUGUAAACAUUUGUAAUAGAAAUUCGUCUGAAAUCGGUUUUUUUCGUUAGAAAAAUGACCCAGCUGAGAGAUGUUCGCUCCGUGCGAGAUCCGUCGAGGAAAAAAUUCCUGUUACAAAUCUUCUCUUCUAAACUUAAAAAAAAGUUCCUUAAUUCGCCUCUUUUCAAGCUGAAAAUUACUAAAUACCAUACCGAGUACAUUUUUCCAGGAACAAAAGGUUACUCAAUGGAUUCUAGUGAUUUCUACGUCAUUUUUUGUGUAAUUUGUCGCUUUCUAGGCUCAGCAAAAACUGUAUUUCCGCUCUCUUUUCCUCCGUUCUCUCCGAUUUUCCGACUCGUUUUUUUUUCUUCCGUUCGAAUUCACAGUUCGUCUGUAGGGUUGGUGCCGUUCCGCUGCUCAAAGUGUCGACAAAAGGUGGCAAACGGCAAGCGGGUGGCGGCUCGUCGUCGUCGGGCGGCUCCUCAAAAGCCGCGGUGCCGGCCACUUCAUCGCUGCCGGCCCAUAUACAGGCGCAGCUGGAGCGCGUGCCGACGCCCACGCAAAUGCACCAGCACCCGGAUCUGAUGGCGGCGCCGCGGGUGAACGCGUCGGCCACGUGGUUUCCGCCGCCGCUUCCGCCCGGACAGUAUCCAUCUUCUUCGCAUUAUCUGCAAGUGCCCGGCAGUUCGGGAGCCGGCGGCACGUCUCCGGGAGCACCGCCCACGCAGCAGCAACAACAACAACAACAACAGCAGAGAAGUCCGUCCGGGUUCCCGCCCGGGUACGGAUAUCCGCCUCUGCCAAUGAGCCGAAAUGAAAUGUUCUAUCGGCGAGGCGCCUAUUGGCCUUCUUAUCCGCCAGGUAGACACGGUUUUGAAGCUGUUUUUUUUUCAAAAAGAAUUAAAAAAGUGACACUGCAGCGGAAUAGAACUCUAUCGGCAACGGUUUCAAUCGGAAAACGCCAAGAAAAUUGAGUUCUAUUACGUUGUAGCGCACCCACAACCAAAAUCUUCAAAUCCAUCAUCAAAAGAAAAAAUUAAUGUAACUAUUUUCAGGAGUGCCCGGAAACGGUCAAGGACCACCAGGAGCACCGCCCGGCGGACCGCCACCACCACAAUUCGCGAUGGAUCCCAACUAUCACUACUAUCAACAGCACGGAAUGAUGCCGCCGCCACACGCGUACCCUCCGCCGCCGCACAUGAACGCAUUCUCGCCGGGCGCCCAGUAUCCGGGACACCAGAGGAUGGCACCGCCGCCGCCUGGACAACCCGGAGCACCUCCAGGAGCACCUCGACCGCCGAUGCCACAGCACAUGCAGCAGCAGGAGCUCGACGAGCAGCAGCGGCAGUGGUACGCACAGCAGCACGCACAUCACGCGCAACAGGCGGCUGCGGCUGCGGCGGCCCAUGCUCACGCGCAGGCUCAGGCCGUCCAUCAAGCCCAACAGGCGCAGGCCGCUCCGGCGACACCGGCUUCUCAACCGCCUGCAGCUCAGGCACCGACUUCUGGGGCCAAUACGCAACCGGCCACGCCGUCAGCUUCCAAUCAACCGCCGACGCCUGCUCCGCAAGAUUCGGCUGCUCCAAGUGCUCCGCCGACAGCACCAACAGUGGCUCCUGGAGCUGGUGCUCAAAGUCAAUCUGGAAGUAGAGCUCCGAGUGCCGGACCGGCUGCCACUCCGGACAGUAGCAGUCGACUCAGCGGAGGUGCCGACGCACCGUCUUCGGAUGCUCCGACGCCUUCUGGAGAAGCGUCUGAUGCUCCGGCCCCGUCGACGUCGGCUCCGCCACAACCACCUGCAGCCGCUCCGCCAGCUCCGCACCAAAUCCCACCGCAAGGAAUGGCUCCGCCGCCCGGAUACCCCGGAUACCCGGGAUACCCGCCGCCGGGAGCGAUGCGGCCGCCCGCAGGAUUCGCGCCACCGCCCGGAGCACCCUACGGAUACCCGGCCGGAGCACCGGCCCCACCCGGAUACCAUCCGAGUCAUCCGAGUCAUCCGAGUCAUCCGAGCCAUCCACACCACGCGCAGUUCUUGGCGUGGCAGCAACAGAGGCACUAUCAGGCGCAACAGCAACAACAACAACAACAACAACAGCCGGGAGCACCGCCAGGAGCACCACGGCCUCCGUAUCCGGGAGCAUAUCCGGGACAACCGGGACCCGGGGGACCGGGAGCACCGCCCGGAGUCAGAAUCCCUCAAGGACCACCGCCGCCGCAAGGAGCACCGUCGCCCGGAGCCGGAGGAGCACAGAAACCGCAGAGAUAUGGAACGCGUGAGUUCUUUUCUGAAAAAAAAAACGCAUCCCUUCUAACCGGUUCCCAGUUUCAGCAGCGCCACCAACACGUGCCGGAGGAGCGCCAACCCCGCAACCGCUCGCCGCCUCACUUCCAGUUCCACCGCAACCGCCCACGCAAUCAUCGCAACCGACUCCCGUCGCCGGCGGAUACCUCGCAAGCACUCUGGCUUCGACCCCCUCGGCGCCGCCCCCGCAACAACAACAGUCUCAGACGGCUCAGUUGCUCGGAGCACCGCCCGCCGGAGCCCAUCAAUAUCCGCCCGGAACUGUGGAAGCGCUGGCCGCUCAGGCUCAGGCGCACCUCAAAAAACGGAAAGUGUACGCGAGGGAGCUGAUCAACGCGACGCCGCGCCGACUAAUUAUGGCUCUGAGGAGCGGACUCGACGCGGAAGCCAUCUGGGCCAUCAACGCGCUCAACGUUUUGCUCUACGACGACUCGAACCCGCAGCCCUCGCUUCAGCAAAUGCCCGGAUUGGUGAAUGUGAUUGUGGAGCACCUCUACGCCACCCUCUCCAUUCUUUUCCCGACGGAAUUCGAGCUCCGGGAGCCGGGAAAACCGAUUAUUCCGGUCGUGGAAGAGUUUUUGGACAAAUGGCUGGUGAAGGAGGAGAAAUCGCCGGUGGAGAAGAUGCCGGUGGUGCCGAGGAAGGGAAGCGACAAGACCGCCACGUUUACCAUGGUUCGUUUUGUGAUAAUUCCCGAAAAAUUCAAAUUCGCAAAUUGAAAAAACCUGUCUAAAAGCUAUUUUUCUAUUAGCGACGCAAUUUUUGUUCCACAAUGUUCCAUUUGCAGAUGUCUCGGAACGGACUGCAAGUGCACUUCCGCGAAGAGACCAUUCCGGCGGCUCUCCGCAAACGGAUCAACCGGGAACACUCGGAAAAGCAGGCGGCCGAGCUCGCCGACCAAUCGCUGAGUGUGGCGUACGUCGGCGAACGGAAUACAAUCGGAUUGGGUGGAGGACUCGCCGAACGGAUUGCCACGCGGCUGCGGGACAAGCUGGAACACGAGAAAACUCGGCCACGGCCUGUGUUCUCGAAAUAUUCGAAUGAUGACGAUGAUGCGAACGAGGAUGAGGAGGAGAAAGUAUUCGAGGAAAAAGUGAUAAAACAGGAGGAAGGCGAGGAGGAAAAAGAACUGCUUUUGAUGCGCGGAGCCCGGCCCGAAGAGCUCUCGGACUGCAAGCACGAGGUGGAAUUGGCGUGGCCCCGACCGACGGCACUCUCUCCAAAGUCUCAGGCGAUGGAGGAGUUGGCGCAACGAGCACUCGCACUUUCAAACAUUCUCCGAGGAUUCUCGUUCGUACCCGGAUCCGACGUGUUGAUGGCCAGAAAUGAGGCAUUGCUCUACAUUCUCGGACGGUUUUUAAGGUAUUUUUCCCUAUUUCUUAUUCUUCUCUCAUCCUAUUGCCUUUAGAUUGAACGUCACGGAACGGAAGAUCAGUUCGAAGCGGCCUGGAGUGAUUCUCGACGCGGAGGAGCUCAAAAAAGAGCCGAAAGAGAUGAGCACGGAGGAGAAAAAGGCAAAAGAGCGGUCGGUGCUGGACGAGAUGGACGCGACGAGCUCGCAGGAGGCAGAGACGGCCAAUCAGCUGCGCGACGACGCAUUCGUGAUGCUGACGCACAUGAGCGUCUCGCUGAAUCUGUUCGAACUGCCCGACACAAUCGCCUAUCCGAUCUACGACGGACUCCUGCGAUGGGCGGUCUCUCGCGUGCCUGAAGCCACCGAUUCGAAUCAUCCGGUCCCGGUUUCACCGAGGUUUGUGAAUGUUGUAAAAAGUUUAGGUUAAAAAUGUGGACGAUUUGCAGGGACUACUCGCUGGAAAUAAUGUGCAAAAUGGUGGUGAUCGAGCGCAACGUCGACAUGUUCCUUUCGACCGGAUGUUGGGCCCGCGUCGAGCAGUUUGUGCACAUUCUCUCCCGGCUACUCACGAUGAACGAGGAGACGCACUAUCGGUGAGCGAUUUUUAAAAAUGUUUGUGGGAAAAAUCUAGAAAAUUGUCUGCAAAAUCUUCGGCUCGGUCCCAGAAGCAUGCAAGUCUGAAAAUAAGAAUUUACUGUCCUUUAUAAAAUAAAACUUUAAUUGUGUUUCGCUGCAGAGAAUUUGCGAUCGUCAUCCUGAAUGCGCUGUGCCUGGCGUCGGAAGCGGUGUGCUACAUUUGCGCAAUGGAGACGUCCGCCAUCUCGCACCUGAUUCUCUUCAUCGACUCGGCCGAUCAGAACAUGCACCAAGUGAUGCAGGCGCACGGAAUGAACGCCCUCCGCGACAAUCCCGAACUGAUGGGCACGUCGGUCGGAAUGCUGCGGAGAGCCGCCUCGAUGCUCAGACUGCUCGUCAAAGUACCGAAAGCGUAUCGGGUUUUUAUGAAACAUCAGACACGUCUCUUGCAGUUCACUAUGAGCCAAUUGGUAGGCGUUUUAGUGUUUUUUUUUCACUUUUUUAUAAGAUCAUUUUGCAGAUGGACUCGCGAGUGGCUGGAAUGGUGGCCGACACGUUGUUCGAAAUUCAGGAAUAUGUGAAAGAGUUUGGAGAGGAAAUACCCGAACCGCUGAAAAUCACGUAUUCUGAAGGUAAACCAUUAUCUUUAUUCGGAAUUUUCUAACGUUUUUCGAAGCCGUUUCCAGGAUAUCAACCCGAUGCGACGGAAGAUCAGAAGACGCCCGAAACGGCAGAAACAGAAGUGGCGACGACGUCGGAAGAGAAGGAGAAUCGGCAGAAAGAGGAGGAGACGGUGAAGGAGAAGGAAGAAGAAGAGGGAGAAGGAGAAACGACGGUGGCGGUGGAGGCGGAGAAGACGAACGGAGGACCGUCCACUUCUGAAUGCGUCCUCGAAAAUGGACAGAAAGAGGUGGAGAAUGGAGGCGGAGAGGAGGACGAAUCGACGAGUAAAAAGGACGAGGAGAGUUGUGAUGGGUACGAGUCGACGAGUGAAUCCAUCAAAAUGGCACAGAAGAGGAGUGCACAGGCCGCCGCGCUCAUCGAUGAGGUUCGUGCAGAAAAUCGGUCGAUAAAAAUAGACAAUGACAAUUUAGGCGCUGCUCUGUGCUUUUAAUUUCGAUUUUGAAACGCAUUAAUUGUUGAAUUUUCAGCAAUCCCAAUCGCCGCCACCUUCGAAACGGACGUGUCUAACGAACGGAUUCGACAAAUCCAACAAAUCGGUGACGACGAACGGAUCGCUCGGCGAUGCGGCUCAAAACGAUGGAGCACUCACGACAGCCGUGGCCUAA